AUGUUCUCUUCUGUAUUUGGCAACCAAGAGGCUCGGAUCCUUGUUCUUGGUCUUGAUAAUGCUGGCAAAACUACAAUUCUCUAUCGACUUCAGAUGGGUGAAGUUGUAUCCACCAUUCCAACAAUUGGAUUUAAUGUCGAAACAGUUCAGUACAACAAUAUCAAAUUUCAAGUAUGGGAUCUUGGUGGACAAACAAGCAUCAGUUCACGGGCUGCUCAUGUUUGCAACAGACCAUAUUGGAGAUGCUAUUUUCCCAACACGCAAGCCAUUCUUUAUGUUGUCGAUUCAAGUGACACUGAUAGGCUCGUGAUAGCUAAAGAUGAGUUUCAUGCAAUCUUAGAGGAAGAAGAGUUAAGAGGUGCUGUUGUUCUUAUUUUUGCAAACAAACAGGAUCUUCCUGGUGCACUUGAUGAUGCGGCUGUCACUGAGGCUUUGGAGUUGCACAAGAUAAAGAAUCGACAAUGGGCGAUUUUUAAAACCUCUGCCCUUAAAGGAGAAGGUCUUUUUGAAGGUUUGGACUGUCUCCUGUACUUCCUUGGGAAACCAUUCCCCUCGACUUACCAACUUACCUUUUUCUCCAUUAACCAGUCUCCAAAAACUAUGUUAUCCUAUACCAAGGAUUUAACUUCUAAGCUUCCUACCUUAAGAGCCCAGAUUCCAUUUCACCAAAUGGAGCCUCUCCCUGAACACCCCAUAGGAACCUACUUGAGGAGAAUUGUUUUGUGGGAUCCUUGA